AUGGCGGAUCCAAGUGGGCGAUCAGCGCGCUUUACUAUUGAAGUACCUGGUAAUGAUGAUGUGAAGAGAGGCAUUCUUCAAAAGAUUAAACAGGUGAAGAUACAUAUGCGGGCAGAAACUAAUAUGCCUGCCAAUAAUGCUGCCGUCCUCGAUCGUGUCUUGACGUACUACCUCCAAAACCAUUGCCUGACUGUCCCAGAAGAUCCACCCGUGACACACCUCAGAGCAGGAGCUGGGGACACUGAUGACAGGUUUUUCAUCAUAUCCGAGUCAUCCAUGAAAAUGUGCCUAGAUGUAGCAGAGCAGCAUGGGCGUAAAUGUUCAAGUAAACUGUCUCUGAAGCAGACCAACUACAAAGGACAUGCUGUAACGAUGAAAGUGCAGUGUUCUAGGUCACACCAGUACCGUUUAGCAUCGUCACCUUAUCUUCCCAACAACAAAUUCCUGGUUAAUGAGAAGCUUGGACAUGCAUUUUACAGCAGUGGUCUCAUACCUGUCCAGUAUAAAAGAUUUUGUUCAGCUGCCGGUAUUGGAAGUCUCUCACAAAGAUAUAGGAAGGAUCAACUGAAUUCUUACAAGAACAUUGUUCAAUCUGAGUUUGAAGAUUCCUGUGACACAGCCUUAUUGGAAGAAGUAGCUGGAUAUGAACAUUUAGAUGGUAUUAACAUUAUGUCCGAUGCCCGACAUGGUUGGCGGAAGAAUGCCAAGGACAGCAGCGUUGUUGCUAUUGGAGAUGCUAGUCACAAAUUAGCCGUGUGUCAUUGGAAUGAGAAUGUUGACCGGGACUUUACCUCACAAUGGCAUGCCAGUAACUCUGGGGCACCAAGAUCUCGAACCAGGCAGAAGAAGAAUUAUAAAUCUGUCACCUAUCACUACCGAGGAAUCCAUCCAGGAUCACCUACACCAUCCAGUGUUUUCUCUACACCACCCAGUGUUACCUCUACUCCAUCCAAUGUUACUUCUACACCAUCCAAUGUUACCUCUACACAAUCCAAUGUUACCUCUACACCAUCCAGUGUUACCUCUACACAAUCCAGUGUUACCUCUACACCAUCCAUUGUUACCUCUACACCACCCAGUGUUACCUCUACACCAUCCAAUGUUACCUCUACACCAUCCAGUGUUACCUCUACACCAUCCAAUGUUACCUCUACACCAUCCAAUGUUACCUCUACACCAUCCAGUGUUACUUCUACACCACCCAAUGUUACCUCUACACCAUCCAGUGUUACCUCUACACCAUCCAAUGUUACCUCUACACCAUCCAGUGUUACCUCUACACCACCCAAUGUUACCUCUACACCAUCCAAUGUUACCUCUACACCAUCCAGUGUUACUUCUACACCAUCCAGUGUUACCUCUACACCAUCUAGUGUUACCUAUACACCAUCCAGUGUUACCUCUACACCAUCCAGUGUUACCUCUACACCACCCAAUGUUACCUCUACACCAUCCAAUGUUACCUCUACACCAUCCAGUGUUACUUCUACACCACCCAAUGUUACCUCUGCACUAUCCAGUGUUACCUCUACACCAUCCAAUGUUACCUCUACACCAUCUAGUGUUACUUCUACACCAUCCAGUGUUACUUCUACACCACCCAAUGUUACCUCUACACCAUCCAGUGUUACUUCUACACCACCCAAUGUUACCUCUACACUAUCCAGUGUUACCUAUACACCAUCCAGUGUUACCUCUACACCAUCCAGUGUUACUUCUACACCAUCCAGUGUUACUUCUACACCACCCAAUGUUACCUCUACACCAUCCAAUGUUACCUCUACACCAUCCAGUGUUACUUCUACACCACCCAAUGUUACCUCUACACUAUCCAGUGUUACCUCUGCACCAUCCAAUGUUACCUCUACACCAUCUAGUGUUACCUCUACACCAUCCAGUGUUACCUCUUCGCCACCCAAUCUUACCUCUACACCAUCCAGUCUUACCUCUAAACCAUCCAGUGUUACCUCUACACCAUCCAAUGUUACCUCUACACUAUCCAGUGUUACCUCUACACCAUCCAAUGUUACCUCUACACCAUCUAGUGUUACUUCUACACCAUCCAGUGUUACCUCUAAACCAUCCAGUCUUACCUCUACACCAUCCAGUGUUACCUCUACACCAUCCAAUGUUACCUCUACACUAUCCAGUGUUACCUCUACACCAUCCAAUGUUACCUCUACACCAUCUAGUGUUACUUCUACACCAUCCAAUGUUACCUCUAAACCAUUCAGUGUUAUCUCUACACCACCCAGUGUUACCUCUUCACCAUCCAAUGUUACCUCUACACCAUCCAGUGUUGCCUCUAAACCAUCCAGUGUUACCUCUACACCACCCAAUCUUACCUCUACACCAUCCAUUGUUACCUCUACACCAUCCAUUGUUACCUCUACACCAUCCAUUGUUACCUCUACACCACCCAGUGUUACCUCUACACCAUCCAGUCUUACCUCUACACCAUCUAAUGUAGAGGUAACACUAUCCAGUGUUACCUCUUCACCAUCCAAUGUUACCUCUACACCAUCCAGUGUUAUCUCUACACCACCCAGUGUUACCUCUACACCACCCAGUGUUACCUCUUCCCCAUCCAAUGUUACCUCUACACCAUCCAAUGUUACCUCUACACCAUCCAGUGUUACCUCUACACCAUCCAGUGUUACCUCUACACCAUCCAGUGUUACCUCUACACCUUCCAAUGUUACCUCUACACCAUCUAGUGUUACUUCUACACCAUCCAGUGUUACCUCUACACCAUCCAGUGUUACCUCUAAACCAUUCAGUGUUACCUCUACACCAUCAAGUGUUACCUCUAAACCAUCCAGUGUGACCUCUACACAAUCCAGUGUUACCUCUACACCAUCCAGUGUUACCUCUACACUAUCCAGUGUUACCUCUACACCAUCCAAUAUUACCUCUACACCAUCUAGUGUUACCUCUACACCAUCCAGUGUUACCUCUACACCAUCCAGUGUUACCUCUACACCAUCCAAUGUUACCUCUACACCAUCUAGUGUUACCUCUACACCAUCUAGUGUUACCUCUACACCAUCCAGUGUUACCUCUAUACCAUCCAGUGUUACCUCUACACUAUCCAGUGUUACCUCUACACCAUCCAAUAUUACCUCUACACCAUCUAGUGUUACCUCUACACCAUCCAGUGUUACCUCUACACCAUCCAAUGUUACCUCUACACCAUCAAGUGUUACCUCUAAACCAUCCAGUGUGACCUCUACACAAUCCAGUGUUACCUCUACACCAUCCAGUGUUACCUCUACACCACCCAAUGUUACCUCUACACCAUCCAAUGUUACCUCUACACCAUCCAAUGUUACCUCUUCAUCAUCCAGUGUUACCUCUGCACUAUCCAGUGUUACCUCUACACCACCCAAUGUUACCUCUACACCAUCCAAUGUUACCUCUACACCAUCCAGUGUUACCUCUACACCAUCCAGUGUUACCUCUACACCAUCCAAUGUUACCUCUACACCAUCCAAUGUUACCUCUUCAUCAUCCAGUGUUACUUCUACACCACCCAAUGUUACCUCUACACCAUCCAGUGUUACCUCUACACCAUCCAGUGUUACCUCUACACCAUCCAAUGUUACCUCUAAACCAUUCAUUCCCAAGUCUCGGUACCCCACCACUCCGCCGCACCCCCACCCUCGCCGCACCCCCACCCUCGCCGCUCCCCCACCACUCCGCCGCACCCCUACCCUCGCCGCUCCCCCACCCUCGCCGCUCCCAGCCAAUGAUAUCGGCUUUACUUCAGCACCAACGAUCCCCAUUCCAGACAGGAAGACAUUCAUGUAA